GAGUAGUGAAAAUGUCGCACAUGUUUUAAAAAUAAUUCAUGUAAAUUUUGGACAGUUUUUUACGCUAGUACAUCGAGUAAAGUACAGUGUCCGUGUAAAUUAUGUACUAAUGGCGUAUUAUUUUUUUUAGUCUGUUAGUAUAUAUAGUUAAUACCCAUUAUCGAUCAAGGCUUAGUUUUUCGGAGAAGUGUGAAACUGUGUGUGUGCAUGCAUAUCCAUCAGAUAUGGAGGAAGGAAGUACGCUAUUCAACUCAUGAACGAUGGCAGUUAAUGAAGGUUAAACUUACAACAAGUGACCAGACAGAUUCUCUCCUGCUUCUUGGUGGGUGUAAACACGCUAUUCCAUGGGGUUAUACAGAUGGUGCUGUUCUCGAGGAUGGAGGCAGAUACGUUAUAUCUCCCUCAUAAUUAUCAUUAUUCUGUGUGUGUACGUUUCUCUUUGGAUGACCUUGAAACAUACUGGCAGUGUAAAACAAGGAACUUCUCAGAAGACUAUACUUAGAGAAAAUGCAGUUUUAAACAGUGUGCUGAAAAACUACUCACUUAGUCGCGAUCAGGCAUGUAACCACCCUAACUUAGACCCGUAUCAUCCAUCCGUAAUGAAGUAUUUCUAUGAUGUUGGUCCCCUGAAAUGUGACGAAAAUGAAAACUGGAUAGAAGUGAACAAUGGAUCCUUUUGGAUAAAAGCCAGCGCCAAAUCAAAACAUGAAAAAAUUUCUUGUGAUUAUUACCCUAUUUAUCGUAAAGAUGAGUAUAGUUUUAAGGUGGGUGACAAGCACACGUUUACUGAAGGUGUUAUAAAGGCACCAACUGAUGUUAUCAAAAUUUCUUGCCAGUCAGGACUCUUUGGACCUAAAUACUCAAAUAUACAUACCACAGUUGCUUUUGAUAAAACGGUGCAUGAGAGAGUGAACAAAGCCACUUAUGAUGACCUUUAUAUGCCUUUAAAUGUGCUAAUGUUUGGAUUCGAUUCAGUGUCCAGAAAUACAUGGCUAAGGACAUUGCCAAAAACCCAUAAAUACUUCACAGAAGUGUUGGGAGGGAUUCUUCUCAAGGGAUACAAUAUCGUAGGAGACGGAACACCUCAAGCUCUACUACCGAUUUUGACGGGGCAAACGGAAAUCGAACUUCCGGAAGCCCGCCGUGGUAAGCCCGGAGCAAAAGUUGUCGACGGCCAUCCGUGGGUUUGGAAAGAUUUCAAAAAGGCUGGAUAUAUGACCCAAUGGGGAGAAGAUAUGUGUUGGAUAGGGACCUUUAAUUUAAGAAUGUUGGGCUUUGACAAACAGCCUGUUGAUCAUUUUUGGAGACCAUACUGCCAAGCUACACAAGAGAUACACAGAUACAGCAAACCAUUUUGUCUUGGUUCUGAAAGAAGACACAAAGUUAUGAUGGACUGGGUAAAGGAUGCAUUUCAAAUGUAUCAAAAUCGGUUAAAAUUUAUUUUUGCUUUUCAUUCCGAAUAUAGUCAUGAGGACUCCAGCAAACUAAAUUGGGCUGACGAUGAUUUGUUGGGCAUGUUGAAAUUUUUAGAGAACAAAAACUAUCUGAACAACACUGUGUUGAUUCUGAUGAGCGAUCAUGGUGCUCGAUUUCACGCAGUCAGGGAGAGCAUCCAGGGAAAGUACGAAGAAAGAAUGCCAUAUUUUUCUUUUCGCUUUCCAGAGUGGUUUCCGAAGAAAUAUCCGUCCGAAUUUAAAGCAUUCAAAGAAAAUGCUGGUAAAUUAACAACACCAUUUGAUAUACACGAAACAUUCCUUGAUAUGAUGAAAUUUGAGAAGAAAAAUACUAAACCAGAGAAAUUACCAAGAGGAUUGAGUCUUUUUAGACCAAUCCCAAAACAACGUACUUGUAGUGAUGCAGAUAUAUCACCUCAUUGGUGCGCAUGCUUAGGAUGGAACGUCACUUCCUCUGAUGAUCUCAUUACACAAAAAGCAGCAAAAUCAAUUGUGAAAUUUAUGAACAACUUGACUACAAAUUUUAGAUCAAAAUGCCACGAAUUGUCAUUGAAAUCUAUCAAAAAUGCUAUGGUUUUACAAUCAAAUCCUUACAUAGCGCGUUAUCUGGGUAGUGCUGACACCGACGGGAGAGUUCCGAAAGAAUCAAAAGAUGCCAUAGACAAAAGUGCUUUGUAUCAAAUCACACUACAAACAACACCUGGUGAUGGAAUUUUUGAAACCACCGUAAAAUACAUGGCAAAUAAUGAUAAAUUUAUAAUUAGUGCUCAAGAAAUCAGUAGAAUCAACAAAUAUGGAAAUGCUGCAAAUUGUGUUUACAUGGACGCUCCGCAUCUACGACAGUAUUGCUACUGCAGGACAGCAUAAUAUGAGCAUAGAUUUAUACAUUUUUCCAAAUUUUUACCCAGAGUUUUUUUUAUCAGUUCGUGAACAACGUUACUCAAUACAGUCAAACAAAAUGGAAUCUUAAUAUACAUAGAAAUAAUAGAAUUAUUAUUAACACUCGAGAAAUGAGUCAAAAAUGGUGGGGUGUGACCAAAUGUUCCUUUAUUUUAAACCAGCAACAAUUAUUUCCUGUAAGUGAUUUACAAUACAAAGUUAAGAGCAUUCUACACUCUGGAAGAGUAGCAUAAGACAGUUUAGUUAUGUUCAGUAUACUUUCACGUACUUUCUUUGCCGUACACUGUAAAUACUCUUGUCAUUGAUAUUUCUAACAGGGCUAUCCAUCUUGCCGUAUUUUGGAUAUGUUCGGUAUCUAAAAUUGGAUGUACAUGUAUAUAUGUCACAGUGGUGGUUCGGUGCUUACAGUAUCUUGGAUGUGACUGCAUGGUAUUUUCAAUAUUUUGAAUAUGUCCGGUUAUUUUGGAAAUGCUCGGGAUGAUUGAUGAAUGCAGUAAUUUCGGUGUGUUCGGUAUUCUGGAUGAAUUUAUUAUUUUGGACCUGUUCGUUGCUCUUGAUGUGUGCAGUAUUUUGGGUUAUGGAAGAUCUUAAUCGCUAUAUGGAUCAUUUUAAUACAUGUCUGCAUUAUUCCAAUGUCCAAUGCAUUCACUUUGCACAAACUUGUUUUUCCUUCAAACAUCCGGAUUUUACCUGAGAAUGAAACUUUUUUACAGAUGCAAAUUGCAUUUAUAAAUUAUUUAUUCCAUUUUUAAAUUUUUUAAAACCUCUUUUGUCAUGUAUCUAAACAUAACAUUGUUUAUAUCAAUUUAAAUAUCAUUCUUAAAAUGAUAAAGUUAAUUAGGAAUACAAAUGUAUAUAAUUAAUAGAGAUAAGAACGCUUUGUAUACAUUAUGAUAAAUUUCAGAAUAUAUUUUCUUUCAAUUUGUUAUUAUCAAAAUUAAAUUGUACGUUUGACAUUAAUCAUGCAUUCAGAAAAAGUAGAUGUUUACUUAAGGUUAAUUAAUUGUGUUCUUUUAAAUAUGUACAAAUAAAAUUUCUUUUUAUUUUGAUACCAUGCUUGAAUGUUGCCUCUGUCAGGGUGUGUGUGUGUGUGUAUAAGUGAAGAAACAUGUGCUGUAUAAGCUUACAAUGCAUUUUGAGAAUGAUGUUUUGAAAAAAUUAUUGAAAUGUAUUUUGUAUACUAUCAUGAAUAGGAUAAAUAAGUUUCAACUGUAAACUACCAGUAUUGAUUAUAUUUUACAAAAUACCUGUAUUGCUUUUAACAAUUUUUUUUCUUUUUAUAAAUAUAACUUUUAAAUUUGGUUUUAAGAUAACUGUAUUUUAUAGAAUAAACUUUUCUUUGA